CCCGCCCCCAGAGUCAGCAGAGAUGGGGAUGAGAUUCGAGUGCACUGCAUGCUUGAGCGAAGCACUUUUGGGAGGGCUUCACUGGCACAUUAUAUAGUAAUUUUGCUAAAUUUCAGCGUUUCAUGCUUCGUGGAGAAUUUACGUUAUUAGAAGUUUUACAUAUAGAUUACGCACGAUUAAGGUGAGCGAUUACUUUGUCCAGCUGUGUCUUCGGAGAAAUUAAAAUGGAGGUCCAUGAAAGCUCGGAAGGGGAGAGCAUUUUGGAUUUGUCCAGGCUCAAUCUGGAAACUCUCAGCUUCGAUCAUUUGAGCGAGGAGAAGAAAAAAGAGACGCAAAUGCUUUUUCUCCCUUACAACCGACUCACAGUGUUGCCUGGCUGUAUAAGCCUUUUCUCCAGUCUCAGCUGGCUGGAUGUCAGCAACAACGGACUGGCCUUCAUUUGCGAUGACAUCCUACGUCUCUCCAAUCUCAAGACCUUCGUCGCCAAAAACAACCGCUUGGACGAGUCAUCCUUGCCCAAAGACUUAAGCACUAUGUCCUUGGAGGUUGUCAACUUCAGCGGGAACCGCUUCGAGGAGUUCCCUCGCCAGUUCUUGCAGCUGCACACACUACAAUCCAUCUCUCUCGGAGGCAACAGACUAAAAGGCAUCCCUCCGGAGAUCGAAAACCUGACCAGCCUGGAGCUUCUAUACUUGGGAGGCAACAACAUCACCUCCAUUCCUCCAGAAUUGGCAAACCUUCCCAAACUGAGCUACCUGGUACUUUGUGACAACAGAAUACAGAGCAUCCCUCCUCAGCUUGCACAGUUGCAUUCACUGCGUUCCCUGAGCCUUCAUAACAACCUUCUCACUUAUCUUCCUCGAGAGAUUGUCAGCUUGGUGCACCUCCAAGAGCUUAGUCUACGUGGAAAUCCACUUGUUGUUCGGUUUGUUAAGGAUCUGACCUAUGACCCUCCCUCACUUCUUGAGCUUGCAGGACGUACUGUUAAAUCCAGAAAUAUUCCUUACUUCGCUGAGGACCUACCAGAUAACCUGCUCACAUAUCUGGAUUUGGCAAGCAAGUGCCCCAACCCCAAGUGUGGAGGUGUCUACUUUGAUUCAUGUGUUCGGCAUAUCAAAUUUGUGGAUUUCUGUGGCAAGUAUCGCCUCCCUUUGAUGCACUACCUUUGCUCCCCUGAGUGCAGUUCUCCAUGCAGUUCAAGCUCUCAAAGUGAUGCUGACUCUGAAGAUGAGAGCAGUGUACCAGUGCACAGAUUGCAAAAGGUUCUGCUUGGCUAGAUGUAUAGAUGUAUAAAUUAUUAAACUAAAUUAACAGGACUGAUUUCCAGACUGGGAGCAAUAUAAGUGAUGAAAUACAGACCUAGAUCUGAGGAGCAUUUUUCAGUGCUAUGCAAAUCUUUGAACAACUUAUUUUUCUCUGUCUAUUAAGGCACUGCAAAUAAAGAGACACGACCUGGGAGUAGACACACCUUAUAAUGAAGGCUCAUUAAAUAUGAUUUGACACUU